AUGGGGCUGCUCAGCUAUAUCCGUAGUGCGUACGAGGGCGAUGAAUCGGAGCACACCGACCUCCGGGAAAUGGAAAAGCACAUCGAGUUGUGCAGCAGCUGCGAUGCCUGCUCGCCCGAGUGGGAGGCGGAGGUAGCGCGGGACACGCAGGUCUUUGCGCGGCUGAAGAUUGAGCGCGAGGCCUCGCUGUACGGCACGUCCAAGCCGGCCAGCGUGCAUUUUGUGGUCCCCACGUCGCAGAUGGAUUGGGCGCACUCUGCGUGCGAUGAACGCCCGGGCUCCGUGCAGCAGCGCGUGGCUGCGUGGGUCGCGCAGCAGGACGCCGGCCCCGACGGCAUGCCGAUGCGUUGCAGCGUGUCCUCGCAGCCUAUCGAUAUUCUGGACGUCGAGGUGAUGCGCGGCCACAAAAACAACGUGCUGAUUCUGCCGCACUUCAUCAAGCUCGUCGGGCUGACGGCGGAUCGUGUGGAGCAGGUGCUCGACGAGCUGCUGCCGCUACUGCGCGCCAACGACAUGCCUGCUUUACUGGCGCGGCCGGAUAUCUGGGAGUGCCCCGAGGACUCGUUUAUAUUUCUGUGUUCGCAUACAACCCGCGAUAAGCGUUGCGGCAUAACCGCUCCCGUGCUGCGUAAGCACAUUUGCGCGCAUUUGCAAACACAUGGCUUGUACCGCGACGUAUCUGAUGCGCGACCCCACGGCUGCACGGUUGCAUUCGUAAACCACGUCGGUGGACACAAAUAUUCCGCGAAUGCCGUGAUCUUCCUAAAGCGCUCGCGCACUAUGUUGUGGCUGGGCCGGGUGUCACCCGUCCACGCGGAACCCAUCGUGAAACACCUACUGUUGCCGGCUGUGCCGCAGCUACCGUUCCCGGAAAACGUACGCUGUGUGCGCAAGUAUGACUUCUGA